GGCGGUGAGGCAUAUAGUUGAGGUAUUUCUAAAGCCUAACGACUCUCACUAGAGCUCAUUUCUCCCUCUCUGUUUUUGUCUGAGCUUACACUUGUUGCGUCGAAAGUGAUUUGAGCAUAGAAAGAAAGAGUUUAUAGGGGUGGUGUAUAGUUGGAGAGAAAGAGAAGGAUAAGAAGAAGAGAAGAAAAGUGUGGUUGAAAAGAAAAAGGUUGAGCAACAAAGGGGGUGGUGAGGGGGGUGGUGUUUGGCCAAGUGAUGCGCUCAGGAGUUUGUGCAUUACAGCAGACCCUCACAGCUGAGGCUGCUUCAGUGUUGAAGCACUCUCUGGGGUUGGCUCGGAGGAGGGGCCAUGCACAGGUCACUCCUCUGCAUGUGGCUGCCACUUUGCUCAGCCUAAGAGGCAGUUCCUUGAGAAGGGCUUGUCUCAAGUCUCAGCCUCACCAAACUUCUCAUCCUCUUCAAUGCAGGGCUCUUGAGCUUUGCUUCAAUGUGGCUCUCAACAGGCUCCCAACAGCACCUGCUCCCUUGAUCCACACUCAGCCCUCUCUCUCCAAUGCUCUCAUUGCUGCUUUGAAGAGAGCUCAGGCUCACCAGAGAAGGGGCUGCAUAGAGCAACAGCAACAACAGCCUCUUCUUACCAUCAAGGUUGAGCUUGAACACCUCAUAACAUCAAUCCUUGAUGACCCUAGUGUUAGCAGGGUUAUGAGAGAGGCUGGUUUCUCCAGCACUGCUGUUAAGAACAACAUAGAGGAUUCUUCACCCCAUUCUGUUUUCCAGUGUUACAAUAGCUCUGGUGGUGUCUUUUCUUCUCCUUGCUCUCCCUCUUCCAGUGAGAACCACAGGGAAACUACCACCAACCUUGCCAACUUCAGGCAGACUCAUCAUUUCUUAACUUCUUAUGCUUCUGAGUUCCACCCUUCACUUCUCUUUUCUCCGCUGAAGAGUGCACCAGCGUGUUCCUUCUCUGGUGCAGCUUCUUCCAGUAAGGAUGAUAUCAAGGUUGUUCUGGAUAUUCUCCUGAGGAAGAAGAAAAAGAACACUGUGAUUGUAGGUGACUCUGUGUCCUUAGCCGAGGGCCUUGUGGGAGAGUUAAUGAGAAGGGUGGAAAGGACAGAAGUGCCUGAUGAGUUAAAGUCAACCCAUUUUAUCAAAUUCCAGAUUUCACCUGUUUCUUUGAGUUGCAUGAAGAGAGAUGAAGUUGAAAUGAAACUCUUGGAACUAAAAAGGAAGGUGAAUUCCGUUGCAUCAGGAGAAGGGGGUGGCAUUUUUUACAUUGGAGACCUGAAGUGGACCGUGGAGGAGGCAAGUCUCAGUGACAAAGAGGAAGGAUCCCCAGAAGGAGAAGUUUCUGGUUACAAUCCAGUUGAUCAUUUGGUUUCAGAAAUUGGAAAGUUAUUCUGUGACUGUGGAACCUCAAAUAAUGCUAAGGUGUGGCUCAUGGCCACUUCUAGUUACCAAACAUACAUGAGAUGUCAAAUGAGGCAACCCCCUCUUGAGAAGCAGUGGGCUCUUCAGGCUGUUCCUGUUCCAUCAGGUGGACUUGACUUGAGUCUUCAUGCUCCCAGUGUCCUUGAUUCAAAGAUGACCAUCUCCCAAAAUCAAUCUCAUGUGCCUGAAACAAAGCCCUUUGGUAACACGGAGCAGCAGGAUAGGCUGAACUGUUGUGAAGAAUGUGCCUCAAAUUAUGAAAAAGAAGCCCAAUUUCUUAUGUCAGAUCAAAAGAAAAUGAUGCCGUUCUGGCUUCAGUCUCAUAGCACAGAAGACCAUAAUAAGGAUGAAUUAGUCAAGUUGAAAAGAAAAUGGAAUAGACUGUGCCACUGUCUCCAUCAAAGCAAACAGCUUCAUAACCCAUUGAACUGGAACAACAGUUAUAAUUCAGCAAGCUCCAUAUCUUUUGCGAACAAUGCGACACAUUGCUCCACCUCCAAACUUGUUCCUCGGUUCCGGCGCCAACAAUCAUGCAUCAUUGAGUUCAAUUUCGGCGACAAAAGGAAAGCAACAGAGCGAGUCUUAGAUUCCCCGGAGGGCAUGGAAGGUAAAGAAGUAAAGACUACUCUUGCUCUUGGCAAUGGCGGUUCAGGUGAGACGGUGGGGGAUAUAACUGAUGAUAGAACACUGCAAAGAGCUCAUAUUUGUAAACUAUUGCAGGAGAAUGUGCCAUGGCAGUCUGAGACUGUUCCUUCAAUAGCAGAAGCCUUGAUCCAUUCCAAAUCAGCAAAGCAAAAUAACAGUAUUACUUGGUUACUUGUGAAAGGCAAUGACACCAUUGGGAAAAGAAGGUUGGCACUUGCAGUUGCAGAAUCAGUUUUUGGCUCAACUGAUGUGCUCCUUCAAUUUGACAUGCUAAAGAAAGAGACUUCAGUAGCCCCAUUUUCUGAGAUGCUGGCAGGAGCGCUGAAAACCCACCAACAGCUUGUGGUGCUAAUAGAAAAUGUUGACUUUGCCGAUGCCCCGUUCAAGAAAUUCCUCUCAGAUGGGUUUGAAACAGGAAAGUUUGGAAAUUCCACAGAAGAGAACUCAAGCCAAGUGAUACUCAUUUUGACAAGUGGUGGAUUCACUAACAUUGAGGAGAAGAACGAGGAUUCGGUUAUCAAGUUGUUAUGGGAGGUUAGUGAAAGCAAGCCAAACUUAGAGACUGAAUCCGUCACAACUAGGAUAAUAGAGCCUUGUUUGGGCAACAAAAGAAGAGCUGAACUUGAUUUGUUUUCUCACACAAAGAGUUUUGAAGGGAGCAAGAAGAAAGUGGGUUCGAGACAGACGAGCUUUAACACUCUUGAUCUGAACAUGAAAGCCGAUGAAGAGGGUGAUGGGGAGGGUAAAGCAGCAGAAAGUAGUACUAUUUCAAGUGAUUUGACUGGGGAAAGUAUAGCAGAUCCAGUGAGAAAAAAGGGAUUUCUUGAGUCGAUUGAAAACCGGUUUGAGUUGAACAAAAAUCCUGUUAAAGAGAGAGAGAUGGCAGAGUUGUUUUUGUGGAAGAUAAAAGGGUCUUUUGAGGAGGUUCGUGGUUGGGAGAAAUUAAGUGUAGAUGAGAGGGUGAUUGAGGAUGUGUGUUUUGGGUGUGGUUAUUUUAGCGAGAAGGUGUUUGAGAAAUGGCUGAAAAAGGUAUUCCAAAGCAGCUUAAAAACAGUUAAGUUUGGAGGGAAGGAGGGUAUAGUUUUUAGACUUUGUUGGGGUGGUAAAGGAGAUACAAAAGCAGAUAGUGGCUUCAUGAGUUCUUCUCUGCCCAAGAGUAUCCAACUUAAUUACUUCAUAGAGUGAUCAAUUUUGGCUACCAAGGGCUUCUUCUUGUAAAAUCGAAUAGUUUCUGUAACACUUCAUUUUCAUAAUAGCAUGGCUUUCUUUUCAUUCUCUUAA